AUGUGGAGUUCUGUGAAAAUUCUUUGCCUUUGUGGCUCCAUUGCUAUCUGGAUUCAGCCUGGAGAAACUACAAGGCCUAGAAUCGUUAAUGGGUAUCCUAUCAAGAUUCAAAAGCGACCGUUCAUGGUUUCAUUGCAUCACGGGAUAACCGGAUUUUUAUGUGGUGGCAGUAUUCUCAAUCAAUAUUGGGUGUUGACUGCCUAUCAUUGCAUGACUGAAGGUAAGGAUCCUAAGGAUUACUAUGUCAGAGCUGGCUCAACCUAUCUUCAUGAAGGCGGUUCCGUUCAUUGGGUGAGGAAUGCAGUUUAUUUCGAGAAUACUGAGGUGAUUCCUUACGACAACAUCCCUAAAAAUGACCUUCUCCUUCUACGACUCAAGCACAAACUCAAAUUUUCGGAACGCAUCAGGCCGAUCAAUUUGCCUCGUGCGAACAAGAAACCUCCGCGUAAACUUUGGGUGUCUGGAUGGGGAAAAACCGAUUCAAAGGAAAUUUCAACAACUUUACGAAUAGUGGAGGUACACUAUAUCUCGUACGAAGAAUGUUUGCAGGCUGCUGACUGGUAUCCCAAAGCAGUGUCUAAUAUAACACACCUCUGUUAUUUUCGUAUGAGCUACGAUGCUUGCCAAGGGGACUCAGGAGGUCCCCUGGCCACUAAUACAACAAUUUACGGAAUUGUUUCUUUUGGAGACGGCUGUGGAACAAGCCCAGGAGUAUACACCAAAGUUAUUCAUUAUAGAAACUGGAUUAAGAAAGUCAUCAAGCCAAGAAGGAGGAUCCCCAAAUGGAAUUUCAAUCCAAUGAAAUGAGACUGUUUGCUGUAUCAAAAUAUGUUAAACCCAGAUGCUCAGUUGUAGUGACUCAACUGUUUGUUCUUGAAUCGUAUCGGAGUUAUAAUUGCAAACUCAUGACUAACAGAUGUACAUAAAUUCAUUCCUUAUCUAAACAAUCUUAUCGUGUGAUGUUGAUGAUGGAGGAUAUUUCAUCUGAAUCACAGGGUGACCCAAAAACAUGAGUUUUAAGUAAAUUUCUAAAAACUGUGAGACGAUUAGAGGUGAAUAACUGUUAUCUUGGCAUUGUGCAAAGCAAA